AAAUCAUAGACAAUUCAUAUUUAUGUCCGCCAUUCAUUCUUUUGAGUUGGUUUUUCGUUUUUACGAUUCCAAAAGUGCCCGAUUUGUCAUCAAGGUCUACGCAACACCAUCGCGUAAUUGAAUAACCUACCUGGAAGCAGCUAAAACUAAACAGUCCACGCGUCGAAGUUUCUUCGACACCAGUGUAGUGUAACAUCGGUGUGACGUGAUCUGUCUGUGAGAUCGUAUCGUACUUCCAAUGAUGCUUUUGCUUCCCUUUUACGUUAUCGGUUGCGACGUUCGUUUGAGUGCCUGAUGGUGUGGGAACUAUGUGUGAUUAACGGAUUAAAUUUUGAGGACUCAGCAUGGGGGCGUUUUUGAAUAAGCCCGAAACUAAGAAGUACAACGAGAACGGAGAAGGGAACGGUCUUCGAUAUGGCGUGGCGUCGAUGCAGGGUUGGCGGGUGGAGAUGGAGGAUGCCCACCACGCGCAGCUAACUUUGAACGGGACCCUAUCGGACUGGUCAUAUUUCGCGGUGUUCGACGGACACGCGGGGGCGCGGGUGUCUGCACAUUGCGCGGACAACCUCCUCGAGUGCAUCUUGCAGACGGACGAGUUCCGGCGCGAGGAGAUCGCGGAGGCUAUUCGCGCUGGCUUCCUGGACCUCGACAAGAAGAUGCGUGAGCUGCCGGAGCUGUCCAACGGCGAGGAGAAGUCAGGGUCAACAGCGGUCUGCGCCUUCGUGUCGCCGAAGCAGAUCUACAUCGCCAACUGUGGCGACUCCCGCGCAGUGCUCGCGCGAAACGGCGCGCCGAUAUUCGCCACCCGAGAUCACAAACCGGAACUACCUUCGGAGAAGUCGCGUAUAGUCCAAGCAGGUGGAUCUGUGAUGAUCCAGCGUGUGAAUGGGAGCUUAGCUGUGUCUAGGGCGCUUGGAGAUUAUGAAUACAAGAAGGUUUUGGACCGUGGCCCGUGUGAACAGCUGGUGUCCCCUGAGCCUGAGGUGUCAGUCCACGAGCGGUCCGAGGCCGAGGAUGAGUUCCUGGUGCUGGCGUGCGACGGAGUGUGGGAUGUGAUGAGCAAUGAGGCCCUGUGUGCUUAUGUGCACUCGCUUCUACUGCUCACAGACGACUUAACGGCUAUUACCAAUCAGGUCAUCGACACAUGCUUAUACAAGGGUAGCAAAGACAACAUGAGCAUCGUUCUAGUGGUUUUCCCGGCGGCCCCCAAACCCAGCCCAGAAGCCCAGCGAGCGGACCGAGAGCUGGACGAGACACUCCGGCAGAGGCUCACAGCCUUGAUCGAGCGCAGCGCGGGCAGCGAGGAGCGCGAGGACACGUCGUGCCACUUCUCGUGGGUGCUGAAGCAGCUGGUCCAGGAGAACAUCCCCGGCCUGCCGCCCGGCGGCGGGCUGGCUGCCAAGCAAGCGCUACUGGACAAAAUAUACAGGGAGUUCUACCCAGAGCACGCAGACAGCUCGGAGACAUUCGACUGCCAGGCCGAGCUCGCCGACGCCUUCGGCGCCAACUAGGCCGCGGGCGACCCGCUAUCACGCGUGCCGGCUAGAUUGACAUAGACUCUAUGCGAUCGACUUGACUCACAUAGCAUCUAGCGUAAUCGCCUUCUGCGAGAUGGCGAUUACGAUUGAAUCUUCUAUCUGGUAUGUACAUCUUGAAAAACUAAACUUGUUUGUCCUUGUCAUUUAACUAAUGUUAUUUGAAUUCGUUCAACUCCAAAGUCCGGUCACAAUCAGAAUUUAAAAACAACCUUUUGAAUCGUAAAUGAUGUUAGAUUAACGUUGUAAUUUAACUUCAAAAUCACCGACGGGACAAAAUUAAAUGAAAGUUAUGCCAAUCUAAACGGCACGCACUUCAAACUUACCUGAUAGUGUACGCUUUUUGUACUUUAGAUGAAUACAACUUCGCAGUACAAACCGAGCGCAGUGGCGGCCGCCUCGGCUGUCGAGAUCGACAUUAUUUUUUGUAAAUAAAAAUACGGACACACGCGGACGCCACUCGCUCGAUUCGUACGCGAUAACUUCGUCUGUGUCGAUCGUCGUUACUUCAUCGCCCGCUUUGUAAAAACAUCGGCCCCAUACGUGAAAAUAAAUUUAAAUAGUCUAUAAAUUAGUGGUUGUCUACGGUAGCGGGUAGUGCGGCGAUACCGGCGCGGAAAGUCCGGCCACAGAUUGCUACGAUGUCGGCUGUCUUUGUUACUUUGUGGCCGGAUAUGGUCGUGGUCCACUCCAGAAGCGAGAUACAACGCAAAUAAAAUCAAUUUUCGCCACAUUCUAGGCUCAUGAAGCUACAUUGUGACCGCGUAUUUUGCUUGAACUCUGGGGUUUGACGGUGUGUAAUUUUAUAUUCUGGAUAAUCCGCUGUGGUCGGCAUCUUCCUUUGGUCUUAGACGAUCGGUUGUAACGUUAGCGAGUCCUCGCCCACAGCCGGCCGGUCCGAGCCGGCGUUGUAAAUGUGAAUGUGUGGCACAAAUUUCUUUCCUGCCGUCGCGCAACUGACGGCUCCUCGCGUCUCGAAGCGUUUGUACAGAAUUAAACGGGUGUUUCAUUUGGCCGGUUCACAAUUUUAUUUUGUAGUUUAGAUUUUUAAUUUUUCGUGUUUUCAUUGGCCCUUUAUGAAUGUCAUAAUAUUAGAUGUGUAAUAUAGAGACUCGAGUAAAAAUAUUGUUAAAAAUGUCUUCGUACUAUAGUAACUGCAAAACCUUGUUUUCUAUCGUCUUGAUUUCAAGUCUAUGGAUUCGAAGUGGCCAGUCGCAUUAGUGUUACUAUCGAGUAAAUCUUGACAUUGGUAUCUAAAAUGUUCAUCGUUUUCACGUAAAAGCCUAAUAAAUACAUCGGUUAUAUUCCAUGAUAUUGACAGAGUUCUCAAUUAUAUUCGUAGUUUCUUUUUGUACAUAUUUCUAUACUACAACAUUAAUAGCUGUAAUUCUAAUAAAUGUACAAGUGUAAGUUCAGUUGCCAAAUUCUGAAAGACACCAGUAACUGUAAACUUAUAUUUGUAAACUACACAGAAAACAUUUUAAUGGGAUUUGGAUACCCGUAAAGAUUUUUUAAUGUUCAAAAUUAUUAAUUUUUCGUGUUAUGAAAUGAGUAGGUUUAAUUUUCGCUUCUAAAAUUUUAAUUUCGAGCUAUUUUUUGUUUUCAUAAUUUUGUUAGAAAUUCGCUUUUAAUUUGCUUCGGUAUUAGUGAGUACUGAUGUCGAGCAGUGUUUGGAAAUCUAAAUUGUUUUAGGGAGUUGUACUAUAACCGUACAAAGUUAUCGAGUAGUCUGAAAUCCAAUAUAUCAUAUUAGCACUAUUGUUACCAAAUUUAUAAGAACUAAUAACAAUCUUACUUAAUGACAAAGACUUUAUUUACGGGCCGACCAUCAAACGUGGCGUGUAUUGAAAACAUCAAACUCAUGAUAAAGGUACUUGCAUUUUAAAUUGUGUCAUAACAUUUAAAAACAUAACAUGGGGCAAGGCUAUGACUUUUUCUUAGUAAUUUUACUGUAAAAUCGUACACGUUUUAUGGUUGGUCUCUUUCCUCUUGUAUAUAAGAGUGAAUAAAAAGAAAUAUAUACUUUUUGUACCUGUUCGAGCGAAUUAGUGUAUAUGCGGAAAAUAACUUCACCUAUUAUAAUAUUGUAGUCUUCAUUUCCAAAGUUAAAUCUAUAGUGUUGUUUUCCCAACAUAAUAUUAUCUUGACUAUGACAGGAGAUGUUUUCUACUAUUUGAAAGAUUUUCUUUUUUAUACUGCGACAUUUAUUGGCUUUGUAAAAUUAAGUAAGCUCUAGGUAAUAUCUAAAGUGAUAUAAUAUUAUUGUAUUACGAUAGAACCCAUCACAGAUAUACGAUAUGCAUGUAGAAUAAAACAUCUGUGUCAUAGUAUUUCAUCUCAUCGGUUUAAUCCAUUUUAAUUAUUAAAAUAUACAAGUGUCAGAUUGGAUAUCACCAUUUCAGUUACAAAUAUUGUCUGACCCAUUGCAGAGCAAACUAUUAUCUAUUUAUUUGUAUUUUAUUUGUAAUUCUGGCAACACUGCUUUUUACAAAUUGAUUUGUUUCAUACAUAGUGCUAUUUAGGUUUAGUUUAGAUAGUUCGUUUUUGUUUAUGUACCAAAUACUGGCAGUGGGUUUAAUUGGAAUCAUUUUAUAUCCACCAGAAUAAUAAUGUAGGUUGUUUUUUAUUAUAAUUUUGCUUUCGGUCGGAAGUCGACGUCGUCUUACAGUGUGUCUCGUUAUUAUCCAGUAGACGCUUGAACAAUAAAUACCUGUACCUUUA